GGUUCGUACGUCUUCGACCAUUUUUUUUGCGUGUAUGUAGUUUUAAUUGUGCUGGUCGAAAGAAUUGUGUAAAAAGUCCAUGAAAACGUCUCAAAUUCAUCCAAAAAGUGUUGUGCUGUGCACUAAACGCGUACGCACAUUACAAAACAUACGAAAAACAAUGCACACACAAUAAUUCCAUUGAAUAAAACGGCAUUUGUCCAUCAAAGCGGAUACAGCCUGUCCCCAAACACUUCGAGCCGUUGCCACAAAUUCUCCGGAGAUUAACGACUGCAUUUGCUGUUGUUCGAUCGGCAUGGUCUCAACGCGCCAAAUGUGCGGCAAUGCUGGAGGUGCCGGCUUCGAUGAGACGCCAACAUCCACCCGUGCCACGGUGGUGCGUCGCACCACACACUAUCAGCAUCAUAAUCAGCAGCAGGUUGCCACCUGCUCGUCGGCAGCGGGUGCGGCGGCGCCCGUUUUACAGUUUUUGGACUUGCCCACGGAGCUGAUCAUCAAAACACUCGGCUAUUUGGAUUAUAAGAAAAUCAGCAAUUUGAGAUUGGUGUCAAGUCGCAUGAACGACAUUUGCAUGAAUAUGCUAAAUGUGGCUUUCGCCAGGCAAAUUAAGACGACUUUCAAUCGCUUCCAGUCGAUCAAGUCGAGCAUGCCACGUCGGGAAUCGGCACGCCGCCAGCAUCCGCUGGCCUGCGAGUGCGACAUCAUCGAGACAUGCUAUAUGCGCCUCUCAUUGCUCCAGAUGUCGAUGGGCAAACACAUCGAGCGUGGCCAUUGCUGUUUCUUUCCGGGUGCCAUACUUGAUGAGGUGCACUCGAUUUUGAACUAUAUCAGUAUUACGCCGCGUUUGCAGCGUCCUUAUCGUGUCACCGAUGAACUCUUUGAUCUCUCGACCAUGGCCAUGGAGUACUUUAAGGAUCGUAUUGAGCCCACGCUGCCGGGGCUGGCGUAUUUCAACAAGGACUUCUUUCAAUUGCCCGCUACCACAAAGCGGCCUACCUUGGCUAUUAGCUCGGAUCUCUCAGACAGUUCGAAUAACUCACCACCUCAAAACCACAUGGUUUUGCGUAAGGGCAUACGCAAGAUCAAACAGGGCAUGAAGAUGUACAAUAAUCAGCUAUCGGUGCUGCGCACCGAGCUCCGCACCUGCAAGCGCAAGGCCGCUGAGCAGAGCAAACAGCUCGCGGAGCAGCAAAAUCUAUUGGCGGAGCACCAGAAACAGACGCUCGAAUAUGCAAACCGGCUGGAUGAGAAUGACAAAAAGAAUGAGGAAAUGGCACGGAAGUUUUCCACAUUGUUGCAGGAGCUCAACAAGUGCAAAACCGAGUUACAAUUUUGGCGCUCAAAGAGCCCCGCCAUAUCGUCAGUGUGCAGCUCGUGCAAUCAGAAGGUGGCACCAGUACUGCCGCCCGAGGAUUUGCAGGCGCUGGUCAAUCAGGGUGUCGAUCCUGAAAACAUAAUCAUUAUCAACGAUGAGACCGAUCCAGAAGCCGAUGCGGAUGGCGCGGUUGAAAGCAAUGCGAGCGGCUGUGAGCUGGCUGUGUCUGUUGACAAAUCGUUUGCCUUUCCGGACGAAAGCACCACAGCCAAGCUGUUGGCCGUCAACACGGCCGCCAAGAAUCAGAAACGCAAAUAUGCGGCAACGGUGGACACCGAAAUCGCCGCAACGUCCAAUGCAAUUGCGUCCAAUGCGACACCGUCUUAUUCAAAAGCUGUGGCCCAGCAAACAACAAGCGCCAGCUGUGGCUAUUCGACAAAACUCUUUUAUGGCAAUCAUCAACGCAGCGGCGUCAUCGUAAGUCCAGUGUCCAUGAAGCUGGCAACGGUGCCAGACAAUAGCAAUGGGAUGCCUCCAGCCAGUGUGCAACAGUUGCUGCAGCAACCAGACAAUGGCGACGCAUCAUUGCCGGCCGUGGGGGCGACGGAGUCCGCGAGCAACUUGGUUCUCGUGGAGCAGGUGGAGGCGAAGAAGGCACGUAGAGUACAAAAGGCCAAUAGGUGUUUAAAUGCACAUGGCAAACGCAGUAAAUAAGCAUAAAAACAUAUACAAAUUAAAUUUUUUACUACUUACUUAUACAUAAACAUAUAUUUACAUAU